AUGGCCGGACAAGUUUAUAAGGAUAAGGCUACAUUGAAAGAGGUGAUGGAGAGUUAUGCUAUAGCUCAAAGGUUUCAAUUCCGGGUUGAUCGGUCUAAUGCUGUCAGCUAUGCAUUAUAUAUAUUUCAGAAGAUUGAUAAGGUGUACGAGCAGCGGCAGGCUAGUAGCAGCCUUAUAGGUGGUAUUAUAAGGCCAAAGCUUACAAACCAUAAGAGGAAAUACACUCCGAGGGACAUUAUUGAUGAUGUGAAAUCAGAUUUAGGUGUAGAUGUUAGCUACAUGUUGGCGUGGAGGGCUAAAGAAAAGGCAAUGAAUUUUCUUAGAGGUGAACCGGCUGAUUCAUACAAAAAAUUACCAGGAUACUUAUAUACAAUGGAUAUGACAUAUCCAGGUUCCCACAUCAGAAUGGUAAAAUCGCCAAAGAAUGAAUUCAUGUACGUGUAUAUAUCAUUGUAUGCCUUUAUAAGGGGGUUUGAUCAUUGUAGACCAAUUGUUGUUGUGGAUGGAAGUCACCUAAAAUCUUACUACACCGGUACAUUCGUUUCGGCAAGCACGUUGGAUGGUGCAGGUCAUAUAUUACCACUAGCAUAUGGUGUUAUUGAUUCAGAGAACGAUGCUGCUUGGACGUGGUUCUUUGAGCAAUUCAAGAUAGCAUACGGUGUAAGGGAAAACAUGUGCAUCGUUUCAGAUAGAAAUGAGAGUAUCAUUAAAUCUGUAUCGAGAGUGUAUCCGGAUGUACCGCAUUUUGCUUGUAUAUGGCAUCUAUGGAACAACGUAUAUAAGAAAUUCAAAAAGAGCCAUGCCAUGUUGAGCGAGAUAUACUUUUCGAUGGCAAAAGCAUACACAGAAGCUGAAUUUGACAGACUAGUGGAGAAGGUGGAGAAGCUAGAUAUUAGGGUGAAAGAAUACUUAGAGUUAGCUGGUUACGAAAAGUGGGCUAGGUUGUAUGCACCUGUUAACAGGGGAUGGACAAUGACAUCAAAUAUUGCUAAGUCAAUCAAUGCCGCACUAGUUUCGGCAAGGGAAUUGCCAAUAUACGACUUCCCCGAAGAAGUUAGGAAGAUGUUUGGACAUUGGAAUUGUAGUAACUGCAAAGAAGCUACACAGACAUACAAGACGCUUGGGAAAAAAUACCAGGAGAUGCUGGAGUUGAAUGAGAGAAUGUGUACACGUAUGACUGUGGUGUCGUCAAAUGAAUACUUACAUACGGUUAACGAUGGUGGGAGGAAUUACACAGUCUGCCUGUUAGAGAGAAAAUGUGUUUGUGGGAGGUUCCAAAUUGAUGAAUUGCCAUGCCCACAUGCUUGGGCUGUAUUGAAGAGCAACUUUCUAAUGCCAGAUGAAUAUUUCUCUAACUACUACAAACCAAGUACAAUUGUAAUGACAUACGAUGUGCCAGUGUACCCGCUGAGGAGAGGAGGUUGUACCAGAACAUGUAGCAGAGGAGGUUGUACUACCACCCAAAUGGAAAAGACCUCCUGGAAGGCCAAAGAAGAAGCGCGAUAA